GUGGCAGUGCAACAUUUUCUUCAACGCGCUCAUCUUCGCUAGCUAUGGCGGCAACAUUGGUAACCUCCGUUCCCGGAUUCGUGUCUCCUGAAGAACACAGAAUCAUAGUUGGCUCGACUCCCGCUUCCUUUAAUGACAUUCCUCCCGUUCUCCGUCACAAGGAAGAAUCUGUUUCCGUAACAUUUGAGCCAUCCCUCGAUGGUUUCAGCGAGGAUGAUGCAAAAGAAGGAAUUCUGUAUGUCCUAGAGAGUGUUCUGAUAUUCAUGUCAAAAACAGGCAAAGGAUUCCAAAUCGAAUACCCAUCGAUUACACUACACGCCGUCUCCAGGGGAGACACACCACCGUCCAUAUACUGUCAGCUGGAUGAAAGCUCCGCAAAAGCUAUGGAAAUGCUUGUUGACCCCGAAGCACCCAAAACCAACGGUAAUGUCAAGAAGCCAUCUGCGGAUGAGAGUGAUGAGGAAGACGAAAACGAGGAAGAGGAGACGCAGGAGGACAUGGACAUGCGAGUGCUCUAUAUCGUACCAAGUCGCGUGGAAUCCCUCGACCCGAUAUUUGAAGCUCUAUCCCUAUGUGCAGCGCUUCAUCCAGAUCCUCCUGGUUCCGAUGAUGAAGAAGAUUUUGACGAAGCAUUUAUCGAUGCGCCAGACGAUACUUUUGAGGUAUUCACUGGCACGGAAGACGAAGAGCUAAGCGAAGUCGGGAGGGUGCGCGGUGAUUUCAUCAACGAUAACCGAUAUGCGCCAUACUAGCCUUAUAUCCUUUUAGGCGGCACUCGCGCAUCUUGAAAGUAUCAUUUAUGACCCGUUCGAGAAGAAAGAACAGAGAGAACCGGAAGAUUCAGAGGUUGUUGCUGCAGGGGGAGAUGCUCAACCUACAAAAAAGGUAGAAGAGGGUGAUGGAAAGGUUUGACAUGCAGAUAUGUACCCUUGUGUACUAUGAUAUUCUCUUGGUGACGACAUGUUGAGUAUACAUGCAGAGGUAAAAAAUUGUAGGAGGAUAAAAAUGAAUAUACAGUAUAUCAGAGAGUAGACUUGUGGUAUGUGUGUUAAUUUAUCUUUCCCUUAAUG